UGUUAUACUAAAAACAUUUAAAGAAACAAAUAAAGAAAUUCCAACUCUUAAAAUUCAUCAUUCAGAUAAUAUUGAUCCGGUUUUUUCUUUUUGUAUUCUUUCCGAUUGAACUUUUUACACUUUCUCAUUUUUUCUCUUUGUCUCUCCGAUACAAUUGUAUAUCUUUUUUUCGUUUUACGACGUAAUGUAGUGCCGCUACCAGCCGCUACGGAGAACAGACUUCUUGUCAACAAACUCCGUUCUCCGUCAAGUCAGGUUAAGCUGGGUGAUAACGCUGUCGAAGUCGAUACGACAUGAAGCGUCUUUUUAAUCUGUCAUAGAAGUUUACUUAUAAUUUACGCUGAUUAGAAAAAAACUAUCAGUUUUCUAAAGGUUAACAUAUCCGUGAUAAUGAAAAUUUCCCAAUGAGACAAGUGCCGUUACUUCAACGUUUAUAGUUGUAUAAAAAGAAAAAAAAAAACAAGAAAGGACAUAUGCGAAGUAUGCAAACUCUUCGACGCUGUAUCCUCCUUGUUUAGUCUCCAAAAGUAUAUUAAAAUCAGCAUGGAAACAACUUCGACCGAGAUCACAGAAGAGAGUGGCGAGAAGAUCCAGCUUAUUCCUCCGGUUCAGAUAGUGCGAGUUCCAGUGAAGCAUGCCAAUCUCGGGAUACGAAGUCAUGCUAUGGACAUGAGCACAAUGGUGGAACUCACGUCAUUUAGCACACUGGGAAAGAUACAGCCUUUCCUGGUGACCAUCACGACCACUGCUGCUCUGUUAGUGGACUUACACUGUCAUCUAACAGACAAGGAAAUCUGUGGUUACCUAGGUGGCCACUGGGAUAUCAACUCACACAAUCUUUCUAUAACAUGUGCGUUUCCAUGCCGAUACUCUGGUAAGGAUAAGUCAGCUGCAGCGGCUGUAGAAGCUGAAAUUGCGAGAGCUAUGGAGUGGAAGCGCGUUACAUUGGUAGGCUGGUAUCAUUCUCACCCACGCUCUCACGCGUCACCUUCUCUGAGAGAUGUGGACUCUCAGUUGGACUAUCAGAUCAAGAUGAAAGGAUUUAGCGAUAACGGAUACAUACCAUGCGUAGGAUUAAUAUGCUCACCUUACAACAUGGACGGCAAUUGUUACGAAUCGAAUUUCAAUGUUUUCUGGUCUUUGCCGCCACCUGAAAACAGACCCCACGAAUAUCCUCGUCCAAUGCUUCUCAGUUACACAUUAUCACAGGAGCACUUUCUCUCUCAGGAUACAUUGGAGGAGAUUAGAAGAUGUAUAGAAUAUUAUAAGAGCGAAGGUGGAAUCGACUUUACUGCCACUUUUAAUGGUAAUACAACGUAUCUCGAGCGUUUAAGAUGUUCCUUGGCAUCGAAAUUGCCUGGUCGAAAUAGAUCGAACAACUCGUAUUGGGAUGUGAUCAGGGAGAUGAUCUGUCCAGGGUCUGAGGAUUCCGGCAACACACCCGAAUUCCUGACCAUGAAAUUUCCCUUGGUACCCUCCUCAGAAUCGCUCGGGCCGCCAGUUCCACCUGGCGUAGGCCUCACGGCCAAUAAUGCGGCUGUUUUCCUCGCGCCGGUCAACUUUAAACCCGACGGUGCCAUAAUCACGCCCACGUCCAAGCCGUUUGUGUUACAACCGUCAACCUCACGGGACAGCAUAAAAAAAGACGGCAGUAUAAGUUCUAAUGACGCUGCAUCUAUCACACAGAUAAAGGACAGUUCCGUUGGUUCCAAACACAUAUCGCCGGAGAUAAUCCCGAGCUUCCAGUCCGGUGAACUCACAGUUUCUGUGAAGAAUGCAAAGUGCGACUACGAUUUUUCAUCCACAGAUUUCUCCAAACUGCCGAACCUGGUUGGUGACGGUAGUGCCAAAUCCCGAACGUCGACGAAUCCCGACUUUCCUCUAGCGGAUAUCACUCAACAGAUCACGAAGUUCUCGGAUUUAACGAAGCUGGCGAAUUUUCCCACUGCUGAUCUGGCAAAACUGUCUAGCUUUUCCAUUGCGGACUUUACGCGAACUUCAUCACCCUCGCCGUCGACGUAUAUGCGCAAUAUUGCGAAUCUGUUCGGUCCUCUCGGCAAGAUCUCGCCGGCAAAAGACAUGGACAGUGAACGCAAAUCGGGUGAUUACGUCACCGUCGAUAUCACAUCACCCUUCAAGGGUAUCAGCUCGUCGGAUGUUUGCAGAAACUUCUCGGUGGAUGAUUAUACAAAUGAUCGAAAGAAAUUGGACGCGCAGACUGACCCGACGAAAAUCGGCAGACCCGGCGAAUAUCAGGGAACGGAGGACUUAACAAUAUCGAAUGUUAAAUCUGAUUUUGGAAGUAUGUUAGACAUGACGGCGUUACAUAAAAAGCAACAAUCGUCACAAUCAGCUGACAUGGGAGAUUCCUUGAAUCUUUCUAAAGAUCGGUAAAUCUAUAACAUAUAUUUACACAAAAUAUUAUAUUGGUAAAAAAUUAUUCUAAAACUUGUCGAAAAAUUUAUCAAUGUUCGAAAUUAUUAAUUUUACUCGAACAGAAUAUAUGGUUAGAAAUUACAUAAAUCUCAUUUAUAUUAUUAAUAGCUUUAAAUAAAAGUAUUAUUGACAUUUACUAGAUACAUUAACGUUGCGUGUGAUGUUAUUUUAAAUCAUUUACAUCUUAAAUUAUUUUAAAUUUUAUUAAUCAGUAUUUUUUUAAUAUGUAAGAAUACACAACAACUAUAUUGUCAAUGUAAUGCAUUAGUAUCA